AUGACUCCAGGUGUUGAUAUUCUUAAGACAAAUCCAACUAAAAAAAAGAAAGUAAAAAAGGGAAAAACUAAGACAAAGAUAAGUAAGAAGAAAUAUCUAAGGAUCAAAUGUCCGAUAUGUUUCAAUAAUUUAGGUAAAGAAUCUAUAUCUUCGACUAUAUGUGGUCAUGUUUUUUGCACGAAUUGCCUUUUGACGGCAAUAAGGGUCAGGGCGGUUUGUCCUACUUGCAGACGAAGUUUAAAAGGAAACAAAGCUCAUCACCUUUUAUAUUUAGAUGAGGAUUCAGAAGAAUUGGCAUCUCCAUAA